GGGGAGCCGGGGGCGUGGGGCCGGUUGAAGAAGGGAAAAUUUGGACUGGGUGGUUUCAGAGGGAGCAGAGGCAUUUGAGUCAGGGCACACAUGCCUCAGCUGUGAGAGGCCCUACUCCCCUUGGCUGGCUGGCAUCCCAGAGCAGAGGCAGAGAGACAGAGAAGGCUGAGAGCGUGAGACUGAGGGUAAAGAGAAAGUUUAAGCGUAAAGUAGACCAGGAAGAGGCAAACAAGUGGUCGAGAAAAAAAAAGAGAGAAAAGGACUAGGGACUGAGUUUGGUGCAGUGUGGCUCCUGCAGGUUGUUUUUACAGUAGUGUGUUUGUAUCUGUAGUGGGAGUGUGCAGGCGGUUUGUAUUUUGAGUUGACAGCCAUGGCUGAUACAGAUGUCAAGAAGGCGCACGCAGCCCUAGCAGAAGUGCCUUUCGAUGACGAUGAGGUAGCUCUGGUGGGUGCUGCCACAGAGCCGGCAGUAGAUGAUGAUGACCCUCUUAAGGGGGUGGACCUGGUGCUGGCAACUGGCCCUGGAGGCAAGAGUGAAGCGCAGAUGAACGGGGUCAUGGUCCUGUCUCUGCUCGACAAGAUUAUCGGGGUAGUAGACCAAAUCCAGCAGACCCAGAAUGGGCUCGAGGCCCGGCAGGAGGCCAUGGAGAAGUCAGUGUCAACCAUCCAAGGGGAGCUGGCAAAGUUGUCCAAGAACCACUCUGGCACAUCCAACACUGUCAACAAAAUGCUGGAAAAGGUACGCAAGGUCAGCGUCAACGUCAAGACGGUGCGGAGCAACCUGGAGAAGCAGGCAGGCCAGAUCAAGAAGCUGGAGAACAAUGAGAACGAGCUGCUCAAGAGACGCAACUUCAAAGUCCUCAUCUACCAGGACAAAGUGAAGCCACCAAAGACAUCCAAAUCCAAGACAGCGGAGACAGAAGUGGAAGGCAUAGCCGUGGAGGGCCUAGAGCAGAUCCCUGAGGGACCAGAGGGACUCCCAGUCAAUCUCAAUUCAGAUGAGGAGGUGGAGAUUGAGGAGAUUAUCGAGGAGUCUCGUACCAAGCGCCUCCAGCGAACCACCAAACAGCAAGUGGACAACAUAAAGAAAGCCUUCUCCAAAGAGAAAAUGGAGAAGACCAAAUUAAAGACAAAGGAGAACUUGGAGAAGACCAGGCAGAGAACCCGCGAAAACCUAGAGAAGACCAGACAGAAAACCCGUGACAACCUGGAGAAAACCAAGCACAAUCUGGGGAAGAAGAUGGGCAAGCUCGGGACCCGCAUGACCCCCAAUCUAGAGCGCAGGGCAAAGAUGAAGUCCUCCAAAGAAAAGGCGAAGAAGUCCCUCACUCCCGACCACACCAUCUAUGCUCGCUCUAAGACCACUGUGUACCGCGUCCCCCCCUUCACCUUCCAUGUUAAGAAGUUCCGAGAAGGUGCGGAGGAGGUGGUGCAGAACACAGAGAUGGUGGAGGUGGCCGACGCCGAGGGCCAGUCAGCGGGCGAGGAGAACGGGCUGGGUGGGCACGUAGAGGUGGAGGAAGGAGAGCUGGUGCGUGUAGACAGCCCAGAGAUGGAGGCUCUGUUGCAGGUGACUGAGGACUCUCAGCUGGUCAGGGUGGAGCCAGACCUCCUAAAGAAGACCCAAAGCGAAUAGAGUGUCUUCAGAGGCUGUGAAGAGGAGAAUGGAGUCUAAUCAUACGGACACAAUCUUAGUCGUGCACAGGGACUUUCUUGACGUGAUCACAAUCUAUGACAUCUCAUUUGUUUUCGGUUCACUUUUUAUUGUACCCAACAGGGAUGACUUUCAUAAUUGCUCCUCUUUAGCAUACAAAUAAGAAAAAACAAAACAAAAAGAAAUUAAGUUUUUGAAAACAUGCUGCAGGCUGACUGGUUAUUCUAGACAUGUACGUUUAUGCUAUUUGCUGUUUAUUGUUAGUUUGAUAGAUUGAGUGGCUAUAGAAUAUAAAAGGUCUAAAUAAUCUUUGUUAUUGAGAUGAAAUGUAUAAUUUAAUAUUUGCCAUGUAUGAUAUGCACAUUAUCAGGUAUGUAACAGGAAGUUGUUGGCAAGAUUUGUGCUUUAAUUGAUGGUUUUAGGGAUGUAAUGUGCACGAGUGAAAUAAAAAAUAAACAAGUAGACAAGGUAUAGGUCUACAGAAGAAAUAAAGAACAGGAGGAGAGGAGCGGAGAGGAGAAGGAACAUUAAAACUUUGACAAAUUCUAAUGGGAUAACAGUUUACUGUACCUUAUAGGAUUUCAUGUUACAAACAAAAUUGAUUGAUUGCAUAUUUUAACACUCACAUUGCACCACAAUAAUAAACGUUACAAAGUUACUGUUGUGAACAAUUAUUGUAAGACCUAUCAUUUUUGCUUUUUUGAAGACAAGCCUGCAAGUCAUAUCUUGUAUGUACAUUUUUUUGUGCAUUGAUUACAAAAAAAGACAAAGGAUCAUGAAGCCUUAAAAGAAUCAGUAGUCCACCACAUUUGGUAUCUUUAAAACACAUGCUUGAAAACUUGCACAACCAUAAUUUACUGUAAUAUUUUGAUACAUAUACUCACCAUGCUACAUUUGUUGCAUCUGGAUAUGUUGAAGGACCCACUCAACAACUUCCACACAGCACAUCUCUGCACAGAGGAGAAGACAAAGACUUUAUCACCAUGGUCACAGCUCACCAAAGUACAAUCCCUAUUACAUUUUCUCAAGGUAACUGCAGGCAGAAAAAGGAUCAUCUGAAGAGCAAGAUGGCAGUUAAAAGACUACGUACCAUAUAGAGAUGCAAAUGUCAUCCUAAAUGCAGUCGCAGUGAGACAGCCAUGGCCAAGUAGUUAUGAAUGGCAUGGCACUUUCACAAAUGUCAGAAGAAUUAUGAUUUCAUCAAAACGUUUUCGUCGCAAUCUUGUGUAAUUCCUCUGAAUUAUAAAAUGUUUACACUGAGGGGAAAAAGCUGUCUGACUAUCUUAAUUUAGGAGAAGAUGAUUGUGGAGCAUUAGAGGAAGCUACAAUGAUUGGAUGGUAAUUUGCUGAGCCUAAGUAAACUGGGAAUUCAAUUGUUGCCAUGUUGUUGUUUUUGAUCAUAUACAGACUCUGGACAAGAAGAAGGUGAAUGUAUGGCUUUCAUUUUUGUCCCUAUAGACUGUAUGUGAUCUUGAUGUGAUGUGCAGGCACACAGACGCUCACUCUGUAGUAUGAAGAACCAUUAAAAUAAUCAAUGGGCUGGGGAAUGCAAUCAAGGAGAGUGCUCCAUCAGACCACUGAGCAGGAUGGAGAACUGUGUGUGUGUGUGUGUGUGUGUGUGUGUGUGUGUGUGUGUGUGUGUGUGUGUGUGUGUGUGUGUGUGUGUGUGUGUGUGUGUGCGUGUGUUUGUGUGUGACUGUGAAGAGUAAGUAUGUGCACAACAUAUAGGCUACCCACACUAAUAUCUUGGUGGAACUAGGUUUAUGUCUACAUCAAGUGCAAAUGUAAAAAAAAAAAAAUGGAAACAAUUGCAGGUUUGUGACAUCACAUAGACAUAGAACUACCAUAGUCUUAUAUAGGCUAGUAUUUAAUUAUCUAAUUUUAGUUUUUUUACAAAAACAUCUUCACCCCCCAACAAGUAUUUUUUUGUUGUCUUGUUUUGACCCAGUGGUUAUAAAAAGCUGAACCAUUAUGCUAUAAGCUUGAGGUAUCAUGCACAGCUUACGGCAUAUAGAGAUAUUGUCAUUUAGAAAAAUGCUGCAACACAGUGUGGCACAUAAUUGCUCUUGGUGUUAUUGAUUUAUAAAUACUGAAGUUUGCCUUUUCUUUUGUGUUCAAGCCAACUUUGCCACUUCAAUAUUAAUAAAAGCUUAUGGAAUAAUA